CUUUUUGAUGACUUUCUGAAAGCAACUGUCUUGAAAGUGCGUAUCGCUAUCUAUGGAGCAAAUGUUUCAUGCUCCGUUUCUUCUGCUUGAUAAAACAUGGCAGCGGCGGCUAAUGGUUGGUUAUUAAACAAUAUUUUUGCGACAUAUAAGUACGCGACGUGCCUUAAUUUCUGUCCUGCCAGUUUCUUACAAGCGCGAAACUAUGCUGCCAGGAAAGGUACGAGAGAGAAAGCAAGGAAGAAAAAAGUCAAGGUAGUCGUUCAAAAAGUGGGCUUUAUUCCGCAUAAUCAGAGAGCAGCAAAGUUUGAAGCUAAAAAGAAGAAACUUGAUGUAAAGAGUAUUAUAUUAGAUGAUAGUAAGAAGCCUGAAUCAAUAGAUAAUGUGUGGAUUGCAAAAUUUCACAAAUGGAAAAUUAAUUCGUUUGAAGAAGCAGUGCAGAAUCAUCGUGAGACGCAUCAUCCCACUAUAUACAAUAUGCCAAAUGCAUCUAUAAAUGCAUUGAUAGAAUUGGAUAUGCAGGGUGUGAAGAAGACAAAAUUUGUUGGCGCCUUCACGCGAAUAGCAUGUGUACCACAUGCAUUUGACCAUGGCCAAAACAGAAGAAUACUGGCAUUUUGUAAAACCUCCGAAAUGGAGGAUAUUGCAAGAGAUGCUGGGGCUCAUUUUACCGGUGGUAAACAAUUAAUAAAAUUGAUUCAGAAUGGAGAAUUUUCAUUGAAAGAAUAUGAUGUUAUUGUAUCAGAGCCAAGUAUCUUACCUGAUUUGCUGUUGAUUAGGGGAUUUAUGAGGAAUAAGUUUCCUAGCGCUAAAUUAGGUACUCUAAGUACCGACUUGAAGAUGCUUGUAAAUAAAUUUUUAACUGGCAUAAAAUAUACGGCAAAGCCACACGACGUUUUUAAUUACUAUGGAACAGUCGAAAUUCCAUUUGGCACACUCGAUAUGGAAAUAAAACAAUUAGAAGAGAAUUUUGCUGCCAUUCUUCAGGAUGUCAACGAUGCGAAGCCACGUCGGCCGGGACCUUUUAUCACAAGAGCUCGUAUUAAAUGUCUGCCGUCUCCAGAAAUGCUUAAGGUUGACUUUGAACCAUAUCUACCUAAAGAUAGCGCACUCAAAGCAACACCAGCAGCAGUAGAAGAAGAAGAUGACGAAAAGCCAGACGCUGUUAUUGCGUCUCAUUAAUUUUGUCCAGAGGGCUAUGAAUAAAAUAUCUAUAGUAAAAUGUACAUACUGAUAAUAA